CACGCUGCAUCAGCACUGUCGCACGGCAGCGGCCAAUGGGGAGCCGCGCCCGCAGGAGGGGGCCGCAAAGCGCGGGCGAGGCGGCACGUGUGAGUGCUGCCACGAUGGAAACCAAGGGUAAAAAGAAGUUCGUGGGGAAAAGGGGAAAACCGCCUUAUGGAAAAGCGCCACAUGGUCAGACGAAAUUUAAAAAAGAUAAUGAUUCAGGUCCACCAAAGAAACUCCUCAAGAAAGGAGAUGAGGAGGGAAAGCCUAAAUCCAUUUCCAAGAAAUUUGUGAAAGGACAGUUAAGACCUGGAAGAGCUACUGUCAAACAGUUCAAGAAUAAACAGCAAUCAGAAAAGUUUGCAAAGAAGAGGAAGCUCACGGAUGGAGAAGAGGGAGGGUCGGAUUCUAAGAAGCCAAAGUGGAAUGACUUCAAAAAGAAAAGGAAGGAAUUAAAGCAAACCAGACAACUUAAUGAUAAAAGUAAUUAUGACAUAAUUGUGAAAUCAAAGCAAAUAUGGGAAAGUGUGAGAAGGAAGAAAUGUGAUAAGGAGAAGCGAGAAAAGCUCAUGAAUGACCUACAGAAGCUUCUUCAUGGAAAAAUUAAAAGUCUGGCGUUUGCACAUGAUUCGACUCGAGUGAUCCAGUGCUUUAUUCAGUAUGGUAAUGAGAAGCAAAGGCAACAGACAUUUGAAGAAUUGAAAGAUAGCUUAGUAGAGUUGAGCAAGUCAAAAUAUUCCAGAAAUAUUGUGAAGAAGUUCCUUAUGUAUGGGACAAAACCACAAGUUGCAGAAAUAAUAAAAAGUUUUAAAGGCCAUGUGAGAAAAAUGCUCCGUCAUGCUGAAGCAUCUGCUGUAGUGGAAUAUGCAUAUAAUGACAAAGCCAUUCUGGAGCAGAGGAAUAUGCUGACAGAAGAACUAUAUGGGAACACUUUCCAGGUUUACAAGACACCAGUUGUCCCAACGCUGGAUAAAGUAUUAGAAGCUCGGCCUGAAAAGAGAGAGGCCAUCUUGGAUGAAAUGAAACAGAUUCUUACACCAAUGGCACAGAAAGAAGCUGUGAUAAAACACUCACUGGUACAUAAAGUAUUUUUGGACUUUUUCACUUAUGCUCUUCCGAAACAAAGAUCUGAAAUGAUAGAAGCUAUCAGAGAGGCUGUCAUCUAUCUGGCACACACUCAUGAUGGAGCCCGAGUAGCAAUGCACUGCUUAUGGCAUGGUACUCCCAAGGACAGAAAAGUAAUUGUGAAAACUAUGAAGACAUAUAUUGAAAAAAUAGCAACGGGUGAAUUUUCUCAUCUGGUCUUGCUGGCAGCAUUUGAUUGCAUCGAUGACACUAAACUUGUGAAACAGUUAAUUCUGUCAGAAAUAAAUGCUGCUUUACCCAAUAUAAUAAACAACAAAUAUGGAAAGAAGGUCUUGUUGUACUUGCUAAGUCCUAGAGACCCUGCACAUUUUGUUCCAGAAAUCAUCACACUUCUGCAACAGGGAGAUGGAAAUGCCUAUAGUAAGAAGAAUACUGAAGUCCGCCGUCGUGAACUCCUGGAAGCAAUUUCCUCACCUUUGCUAGAAUAUUUGCAAGAACAUACCCAAGAAGUAGUCACAGACAAAGCUACCUUUGUCUUGGUUGCUGACAUCUUAAGAACAGCUGUUGGUGAGAUCCAGCCUGUGCUAGGUGCAAUAGCUAAUUUAGCAGCAGAAGAGCUGGUUCCAGGUGGCCGUGAUGGGCAGCUUCACAUUGCAGAGCAUCCAGCAGGCCAUCUAGUUUUGAAAUGGUUAAUAGAGCAAGAUGAAAAAAUGAGGGAGAGUGGAAAAGAAGUUUGCUUUGGAAGAACAUUGCUGGAACGUGUUGGUAUUGAGAAUAUGAAGACCUGGGCAGAAGUAAAUCGAGGCGCCAUUAUUCUUUGUUGCCUUCUCCGCAGCACCGAUCAAAAAGUGGCAAAUACAGUCAAAAAAGGGCUGAAAAAACUUGUCCCGAAGUUGAAGUUAAAUAAAAAUGUAAAAGGAAUAGAAGCAUUACUGGAGAAAUUGACUUCCUAGUGUAAAUGAAGCUAAAAAGACAAUUUACAUCAAUGCAAUCAACUGAGAGUUGGUAAGAUUUUGCAUCAUGGUUGUUUUAAGACACAGUACAUGCAUUUGUAAAUUAAAUAAUUUCUAAACCAGCUUGUCUGUUGAACUUACUCUGUGGUGUACAGUAAAUGCUUGUUCUCAGAGACUGAAAUCUCAAGAACAUUUAGGAGCUACUGGAAACUUAUGAACAUGCAAUCUAAUCAAGGAGUGAAAUCUUUCCUGAUAACCUGCACAAAAAUGUUUUGAGUCUUGUUCAGAUUUGUGUGUAUGUUGUCCUAAUCACCAUGGAAACAGAGCAUCUGUUCUGGAGAUGCUGUGUACUGGGCAGAUAAAUACACUUGUUCUUAAUCUCUUUCCCUCGUGGUUUCCUCAAAAAGCAAAGCAGAAAAACAGCUCAAGUCCCAUUCUUACCCUGUGAAGGAGUGAUGGAGGGUCUCAUCUUUCAGGAACUAAUAAGAAUAGAACAAAAAUAGUCUCUCUGACAUUUCACAAAGAAGGUCCUGAAGGAGAAGCUGACUGUUUCAGUGCACCACAGUUUGGUUUUAUUUUUCUUAAGUCUUCUGAAAACUACAGACUUUUAAGGCCUGAUAAACCAGAGGGAUUUGGGGUUUUUUUGGUGUCAUCUUUAUAAUAGGGAUGAGAUGAAUUUUCUUCUGCAUGAUACCAAAUAGAUGUCCUAUUGAUUUCUACUGUACCCUAUUUUUGAUAGAAAAAUCAAGCCAGUGUUUUAUCUUCUCAUUCUAAGCAAAGGAGAAAACAAACAAACUAACAAGUAAAACCAAACCUUUCUUGGUAAGGCAUCCAUAUAAUACCCUGGUGGUGUUUCAUGCCAUGCUGAUAGACUAAUCCAGAGGACCAAGUUAAUUGAAUCCUUAACUGUAAGAGUCACUCUUUACUGUUGCUCCAGUUUUUCAUAGCAGAUAGGCAUUAUUUUCUCCUAAGAUACAGCUCCCUUGAAAAAGUACAGUGCAACUAAUUGGAAGUUGUCAGUGGUUAAGUACACUGGCUUAAGUUUCUGUAUUUUACGUAUCUCGAAUUAGACUCCUAAAUUACUGAGUUUAUUAUCAGAGGUCAUGAUACAACUACUCCUGCAGUCCAUCAGGAACUGCAGUGCUCAGAGCCCAGGAAAAUCAGAUGACCCAGAAAGACUCAGACUUGCAUGCUUAGCAUGAGGUAAAAUAAGCUGGUUAUCUAGGCAGUACCUGUAUGUAUACAGGUGCUGGAGUUGUUACGUGCAUUUUCUAGAUUUGUAUGUUUAAGUAUAAAUAGUUUAUCCAAAGCAAUAAAAUACAUUGUUUCAUCUUAA